AUGGCUGUACGAGCUCAAUUCGAGAACUCCAAUGAGAUCGGUGUCUUCUCGACACUCACAAACUCUUAUGCCUUGACUGCCGUCGGCGCCAGCGAGAACUUCUACAGUGUUUUCGAAGCAGAGUUACAAGAUGUCAUCCCCAUCUGCAGAACAACGAUCGCAGGCACACGUAUUAUCGGAAGACUCACAGCUGGAAACCGCAAAGGUCUCCUAGUGCCCACUUCUACGACAGACCAGGAACUGCAACACCUACGGAAUUCCCUCCCGGACGAGAUUCGGAUACAGCGCAUUGAGGAACGUCUAUCAGCCCUUGGAAACGUCAUUGUCACAAACGACCACAUCGCCCUGAUACAUCCAGACUUGGAGCGCGAGACGGAAGAGAUCAUUGCCGAUGUGCUAGGAGUCGAGGUUUUCAGACAGACCAUUGCCGACAACGUGCUGGUCGGUUCCUACAUGUCACUCAGCAACCAGGGUGGUCUCGUACAUCCCAAGACCAGCAUCCAGGAUCAGGACGAGUUGAGCAGCUUGCUGCAGGUGCCUUUGGUCGCUGGCAGUGUGAACCGUGGUAGCAAUGUUGUUGGUGCCGGCAUGGUUGUCAACGACUGGAUGUCAGUCACCGGAUUGGACACCACAGCCACCGAGCUGAGCGUCAUCGAGAGUGUCUUCAGACUGGGCGAGGGCAAUGCUCCUGGUAACAUUUCUGGCAGCAUGAAGGACACCAUGGUCGAGAGUUUCUACUAA